AUGCGAUUAUACAGAAUUCACAAUCUCAAAGAAUUCACAAUCCAGAGGGAAGACGAAAGUGGCAUGUGUCAACAAUAUGGGUCUCAUCUUCUCACCAUUCAAAACUUUCAUGAAGCCUCUGCCAUUGCUGCUUUAAUAAAAAACUACCAAGUGAAUGAAAACAUCUGGAUUAGAUUAGAAAAACCUAGUAAGGUGUUGACAACCAUGAAACUUCUCAUCUUUACCUGUCUUGCAGCUGUUGCCCUUGCCAGGCCUAAACCUCCUCUCAGGCAUCAGGAACACCUUCAGAAUGAGCCAGACAGCAGAGAGGAACUCUUCAAAGAAAGAAAGUUUCUCAGGUUUCCUGAGGUGCCUUUAUCAAGUCAGUUCAGACAGGAAAUCAUCAAUGAACUGAACAGGAAUCAUGGCAUGGAAGGCCGUGAGCAAAGGGGAUCUAGCAGUUCAUCAAGUGAGGAAGUUGUUGGCAAUAGUGCUGAGGUGAGAUAUAUUUACUAA